GGACGACAUACGGUAGCAUGACCACCAUGGACGACGAGGACGCCCCUAAGGAAUUUCCCGACGUCAGCCAGAAGCUCGCGGCGCCGAAGAAGCUCUCGGCGUUCGAGAAGGAGAGGUUGGCGGCAGAGGAGAAGCGGCGGCGAGAGCAGGCAGAGACUGCGGCAGCGUUGGCCGAGUUUGAAGACUCGUUCGGAGGCAACGAGGAUUUUGAUGGCUUCCCGCCGUCGGCGCGAGGACCUCCUGCGGGGCCCAGCAGAGGACGAGGCAGCGCAUAUGGAGGCUCGCGUGGUGGCUUCGGAGGCCCUCCCAGAAGUGGCCCAGGCAGUCUGGGUGCGGCAGCUGGUCCUCCGCCAAGCAUCAAGAGGAAACGAGCGCUGGACGAGCUGAGGGAGCAGCAGGAAAUCAGGCGCGAACAGGCAGCGUUGGCGGCUGAGUACAAUCUAGGAGAAGACGCGAGGCAUGAAGAGCUGAUCCGGCAGAUUGACGAGGAGCCAGAUGUUGCUGCUCCCAGGCCUACUGUGCAACUGUCCAAUAUGGAUCCAUGUGUAACGGAAAUUGAAAUACGAGUGCUGCUCAAAAACCACCUCAAAGUCCACUCCGUCUCCAUCUCGCCGCCUCUCUUCGUGGGCAGGUUGUCUGUUACGGCGAUUGCAACGCUGGACUACGAGACGACCACCGCGCAAAUCGAUGCUGCUGUGAGCGCGCUCCGAGACAAAUACCUGGGGAGUGGCUAUCGAUUAGCCAUCUCUCGCCAUCUAUCAUCUACCGCGUUGCAGCCGGGGGCACUACAGGGAACGGUCUACGAGCCGGAGCCGUUUGGUGCGGAGAGAAUCAGUCGAGAUCAUCAUCGAGGAUAUAACAUGCGAAAUGCUCCACCGCCGUCCGAUUUCGCACCUCCAGAGUCGCGCGCUUUUCGCAAUGAAAGGUCCGAUGCAUAUGCGCAUGUCACGGUUCAGCUACCAACUGAUAUCAGAACCGUUCGCGCGAUCCAUAUCCUGGUGGAACGACUUCUGUCGGAACCCGACCCGGUCCAAGCACUUCGAAUAGAGUCGUGCCUGAUGGGAGAUCGUCUGAUCGAGAGCGAUGAAAGAUUCGCGUUCCUGUAUGAUGCUGCAAGUCCCGAAGGUUUGUAUUACCGCUAUCUCCUAUGGAAUCGGGAGAAUACUUUUGAAACGCUGCAAGAACAACGGCGUACAGGGGUGGCUCCCACGCGUCUAUUCGACGAUGUGGCGAUAGACUGGAUCGUCGUGCCGGGCGAAGUGCCUUUUGCAGACUUGACCCGAUUGGGCCAUCUACACGGCCAUCCCAACUACGACGAAUCUUCCGACGAUGAAAGCGACGACGACGCCGAGAAGAGGAAAUUCAACAGUGGUAGACGGGAAGGCGAAGGUGGGCCUGUUGGUGGAAGCAAGCAUCUCACCCCUUAUCAGAUGUUCAAGUUUGCCUGGACUCUUGCACGGAUGCCCAAAACACAAGCCAAGCUCAGAAUGGGCGAUGUUGGCUUGAUUUCGGAUUUCGCCAUUAGGAAAGCUGGCGUUGGCGCAGAGCAGAUUGUCGACAUGCUGGUGUUGAAUGUGGAAAAGCCGUUCUGCUUCACAACAUGCGCUACAGAUCAUGCCGAAGUAUACCGUCAGCUCGCCGAGCAGGACGAGGAAGACAUGUAUGAACCCGACGAAGAACUACCCAGCAUUGGCACUCACACCAAUGGCCUCGGCAGCAAAGACAGAAGAGAUGCCGAUGUCGACCUGUCCCAAGUCAAGCUUGUUGCUCUCUAUCUUAUCAAUGAUAUUCUCCUCAACUCGGCAACAGCCGGUGUACGCAACGCCUGGAAGUACCGACAGUUGAUCGAGAAUGGACUCCGACGGCAAAACACAUUCAAAAAACUCGGUCGCCUAGGCAAAGAGCUGGGAUGGGGCAGAAUGAAAGAGCAACAAUGGCGAAAUAAGGUGGGAUCACUUUUCGAGAUCUGGGAACGCAAUAGCGUCUUCGCCACAGACGCCUUUGAAACGUUUAAGAAGGACUUUUUCGAGCAAGCGGCGAAUGAGACGACGGACCAUCAUGACGCCGAUCGUCAAGCGUCUCUUGCGGACUCGAAGCACCUCGCUAAAUUCAAGCGCAUCGAUGGUACAGCUUCACCAGUUACUGCCGCCUCUGCUUCUCCAGCUCCCAUGCCUCCUUCCGACGCCGCUGCUGAUGGCGAUGUUGUAGACGGCGCACCGGUGGAUGACCUCGAUGGCAUGGCCAUUGAUGACCUUGACGGCGCGCCCAUGGAUGAUCUCGAUGGUACGGCGAUUGAUGACCUUGACGGCACGCCAAUGGAUGAUCUGGAUGGCGGUCCCAUUGACGAUCUAGAUGAUGUUCCAGCGAAGGAGCCUACUCCACCCGAGAGCAAGUCUGCCACUGAGAUUGAUACUCCACUGCGGCAACUCCCCCCUACUGAAGCGGCCAAAGCAAAUGGUACUAGCUUCUCUCUGAAGAGCUCGGGGAAUAGCAAGCCUGUGCCUGUCGAAAUGGCCCGCAAGAAGCAGGCAGAAGACAUGUUUGCCGAUAGCGACGAAGAGUAACGCACGAGUAGUAAUCAUGUAACAGUAUAAGGAGGCUGUCAUACCGACAGGUCUCACCCGACCUGGAGCAGCGCAGUGAAUGCAGUGAAUGUAUCUGGUAGGCAACCAGAGCCUGCCGGAAUGAUCAUAUGGCUUAGUGUCACUACUUGCAACAUGUGUGAAGUUUGUGUCUGCUCUGCCUAUUCGAGUUCGUGGCGCUCCCUCUGACGAGCCAGGAUACAUGAUGUAUACUGUACAGAAGAUACAUGCAAGGCAUUGCUACGUCCUGCGAUGAGGGCAUGGGUGCAUCCGCGCGGGGAUGCAGCAUUCCAUUUGACCGCACGUGUGCACAUAUAUACGGUUUUUAUUCCCGUUGCAGUGUGUCUCUCCACCACUUCACCACUGACUGCACCACUCACUUCUCCGCCAAGACACAGAUCCGUCGAUAACAGCGGUGCACAAUGCCCACCUACGCCACGUACGGAAAGGAUGGAAGGCGGAUUCAGCAGCCCAACAGCGGCUUGUAUGGUCAAGUUCCCAAUCCCAAACGCAUCGACAUCGACAACCCACAUGAAGGCAAGCCGGAACCCACCGUCCUGAUCAUCGGCGCCGGCACUUUCGGCACUUCCACCGCAUAUCAUCUUGCCCAGCACUACAAAGACCCCUCUCGAGUGACCAUCAUCGACCAAGCGCCCUGCCCACCCAAACCCGCCGCUUCGAUCGACGUGAACCGUGUGAUCCGCACCGACUAUGCCAACAAGCUCUACUGUGAUCUCGCGUGCGAAACCAUCCAUCCAUGGUUCUGGUCGGAAGAACUCGGCCCGUAUUUCCACAAAGUAGGCUGGCUCAUGUACGAAGAAGAAGGGAGUAGUCUCAAAAGCCGAAUCAAAUCCACGUUUGAAAGUCGAGGAAGCACACAAUUCCAAGAUGUCACCCUCGAUCAGAUUCCGCAACAAUGGACAGCUUUACGAGGCACUUCUCAUCAAGGUUUCCAAGCUGCCUAUUUCAACCCCGAAGCAGGUUGGUGCGAUGCCGCAUCCGCCACGCAAGCGUUUAUGAAAAGUGCCGAACGAAGAGGGAUCCGACGCGAGACUGGAAAAGUCGUUUCACUGAUCCGGAAUGACGACUGCGGCACCAUCUCCGGAGCUCGAACUCUCGAUGGCCGUAUCUUUGAAGCGGAGAAAGUGGUCCUUGCCGCGGGACCGUGGACUUCACAGAUUCUAUCUCCCACUGAAGAGGAAUUGAACCUGCCCUACGAAUCGAGAAUUGAACGUCAAAUCCAAGCUACAGGUCUCGUGGCAGCUUACUAUCGUGUCUCUGAUGAAGAGGUCCAACAACUGAAUCAAUUCCAAACGCCCGUGGUAGUCUAUGGUGGUCUCGGAGAGAUUAUCCCACCUGACAACAGUAACAGCAACACUUCUUCGAACAAAUUGAUGAAAUACGCCAAUUCCCGAUCAGGAAUCAUCAAUACCGUACCCGUGAAUCCCUCUUCGCCUGCCGGCGCGAGAAUCUCCGUCCCUGCUGAUGAUCAAUACCACAUUCCGGAAUGCUUGAAACGAGAAACCAAAGCGAUGAUUAGCGACCGCGUCCUGCCGGACUUUGCUCGAGGGAAAGAACCGGACUAUUGGAGAAUUUGUUGGGAUGCACAGACACCUACGGAAGACUUUUUGAUUUGCAAACAUCCGGAGAAGAAAUUGGAAGGGCUGUAUAUUGCCACGGGGGGAAGUUUUCAUUCUUACAAAUUCCUCCCCAUAAUCGGAAAAUACAUCCUCAACACCCUCUACAACACCAGCAACGGCAGCGAAAAAGAUCUCGCAUGGGGUUGGAAAACUCCCACGUCCACUCCAACAUCAACGAAAACAACAACAACAACAG